GGCGUCCUUUGCUUUUAAGAACAUGGCGAAUACAGACGUGGCCGAUGAAAGCGUACCUGUUUUGGUUUUGACGGCUGCUGUCGGAGCCAUAGUUUUGGUUCUCAUACUUUUAUGCAAUUCAGUAAGAGGUGAAAAAGAGGAGGAACAUCAAGAACACGAUGAGAAAUCCACAAAGAAAGAGAAAAAAAACCCACAACAACAAAGCAAGAAAUCAAAGCAGCAAGGAAAGGCACCGAAGAAGCAACAGCAUUCAUUUACACACCCUUAUUUAGCAGCUACCUUAAAAGGUCACUCGGACAAUGUGGUAGAUUUAGACUUUAGUAUAAAUGGCAAAUAUCUUGCAUCAUGUGCAGAAGAUCGCACUGUACGCAUUUGGAGUUUGAAAGAGUUUAAGGAUAAAGAGCACAAAUGUUUGAGAGGAAAUGUGGAAUAUGAUCAUGGAACAAAUGUGAAAUUUAGUCCAGAUUGCAAAGCUUUUAUAACAAGUAUAUCUAAUGGUAACUGUAUCAGAGUUUUUAAAAUCGGGAAAAAAGAAGAUGGUAACGCUGCUAGCAUUACAAACGUACUGGAUUUUCCGAAGAAACAUGUAUUGGACAUAAUUGAUAUUGGUAUCGGUUCAGUGCCAAAUGGCAGUUACAUUAUGACAGCAACUGGUGAUACAACAAUCAUUAUUUGGGAUCUAAAAGGUGAAGUGCUAACAACAAUAGACACACACCAUAUGAAUAACAAUCAUGCUGCUGUAUCGCAUUGUGGCCGAUUUGUUGCAUCCUGUGGAUUUACACCUGAUGUUAAAUUAUGGGAAGUUGUGUUUACCAAAAGCGGUGAAUUUUCAGAGGUUCGUCGUGCCAUGGAACUAAAAGGACACUCUGCUAGUGUUUAUCAUUUUUCAUUCAAUCUAGAUUCAACCAGAAUGGCUACUGUUUCUAAAGAUGGUACUUGGAAAUUAUGGGAUACAGAUGUUGAGUACAUGAAGCAGCAAGAUCCUUACCUGCUUCGCACAGGGUCCUGGAAUCACACUGGUCCUAGUAAGAUAUCUCUGUCCUAUGACUCUCACACUAUCGCCAUAGCAGCUGGUACCAAUAUUUAUGUCUAUAAUGCUGAUACAGGAGAUGCAGAACAGGAAUACGAAGACGUUCAUGCCUUACCAAUUACAUCGAUAGCCUUUAGCCCUAGCAGUUACUACCUUGUGACAAGUGGUGAUAGACACAUACAGGUAUUCCACAACGUCACUGGCUGCAAGGCUAACAUUACAGAGAUGGAGAAGAAGUUGGUUAAAGCCACAAGUAAGACAGUCAAAGAAAGACUGCAACAGCAGCUCAAGACUGAAAAAGAGAAGCUUGAAUCCUUGCAUGAAGGAAUGAAUGGUUCUGUGUAGUGCAAUUGAAAUGGAUGCGCCAUGAAUGGAUCAGAUAAUUCACUACAUUACAAAUCAAUCUUCAUCUUUAAAAAUGUAACUUAAAAUGAGGAGCUUAAAACAUGGAUUGUCUUCAGUAACACAUUGCAGUAUUUCCAAUUAUAUUUUAUCAUUUUUAACCUAUUAUUAAUUAAUACAGUACUUGUCCAACAUUAUUGUGUUUUAUUCUAAAAAUUAAGAAUUGUCAGUUCAUUUCCUCCUGUAAAACUAAUUGGUUGAGAAGAGAAGGGGAUUCUGUAAGUUAUAAUGAUUUAAAUGUCAUUUUCUUCAAUAAAGUAAUAUUUAAAUAAAGCAGUGA